AAGCCAAUCUCGCCCUUACGAGGGCCUCGGGAGUGAAUAGACGACGAAGUGUAAACAAAUAACAGGAAGGAAGGAAGUAGAAGUGAACCCGAAAAACCGUCAUUGAUUAUUGGCAGAAGGAGGAAGCUCGAGAGAAAGUGAGAGAGAGGAGAGAGAGCAAAAGAGAGAGAGAGGGAGAGAAGAGGUCGGGUGUGAACGCCUCGAAGCCAGAAAUCACACAAUUGGACAACGCUGCAACUUUUUCUCUCUUUAUUCCUUCUUAGAGUUAUUUCAUCUUUAGGAAGAUAAUGGAGUGAAAAAAAGAAAAGGAAAAAUGUCUGCAUUAGAAGAAAAUGGAGGCUUUCAAGACAAGAUUUAUUUUUUCAAGACAAAAGACUAAACAGCGAAGAUAGGAUGAAGAUGGAACCCCAUUCGUGUGAAGCAACUUUUCCGAAUCACUGCAGAGAGCAUAGGCAUCGGCAAGAACACAAGGACAAGUAUCGGGAGAAAAGCUCAAACUGAACCCUCAACAACGAAAAGAAAGAGACAAACAGAACGAUCAGCACAAACAUAGAAGAUAACGGUAGAAGAAGAAAACACGAAAUAUCAUCAGCAAGCGACGAAUCCUCCCGUCAAACAACGAAUGAUUUUGACAGCGACCGCAUCGCCCAGCGCUUGACAUGACUCCUCGCGUCCUCUCCCUCCGGUGGGAGUACGACCCCAGUUCGACCCCGCUUUGAGGACGACCUUGAAACCACAAUGACCUUGCCGACGACCACCACCUUCUUCCCGUCGCUCCUCAUGCUCCUGCUUGGGCUGACGGCUCGGCUGACGGCGACAGAGUUGACAGCCAAAACGACCGUGCCAGCACCUCAAGGGCUUCUCGCCGUGGCUCGCCGCGCCGAGACGACCUUCGCGGCGACAGCCACGACACUUCCCGAAGCUGCUACGACGGCCGGCGAGGCCACGGCAGCGCCGGCGCCGGACGACGCCGGGAGUGCAUCCAGCGCCGACAACACGGUGGCGAAUGCGACUGUUAAUGCAGUCGCUACUGCAGAGCCUCGGGCCGCGCCUGCAGCGACCCCGACCCCGGCUCACGACGACACGACCCCCGAGACGACGACCACGACUGGUCAGGCCACGAAAGGGUCCCCCACGUGGCCCCAGGGCAGCGAAGGGGCGGCGCGAGGAGAUCAGAGGAGAAGCCAGGUCAUCUCCCUCCAAACGACGCCGCUCGAGGGGAGGCAAGCAAGGAAAGAGAUGAUAACGGAGGCAGACAGGGAAGAGGGGGAAGAAGAGUCUGGAAGAGUUAUAAGAGUGAGAGGAGAAGAGGAAGAGGGAAGAGAGAAUGACAAAGGAGAGGAGACAGGGAAGAGAGGGAAGAUUUCCUUUCUCUUCCCUGUCCCUAUCUAUGCCAAGGUCAACGCCACAGUCUCCACCUCUUCCUCUUCGUCCUCAUUAUCUCCUGGACGGCCUCUACCUCUCCCUCUCCCUCCUCUACUCCCGUCUCCGCCCCUUCUCCCUCUUUCUCCUCCGCCUCCACCAAUCAGGAAGGAGAGGAUGCUGCCCUCCACUCUGGCUCCGCCCCCUUACUUUGACCUGAGUUCGCCCACCAACGUCACGGCGCAGCUGGGCACCCACGCUUACCUGCCUUGCCGUAUCUUCAACCUCGGGAACAGAUCGAUAGCGUGGAUCCGGAGCCGUGACUCGCACAUCCUGACGGUGGACCGCUACACCUUCAUCGCCGACGAGCGCUUCCAGGCGUGGCACGAGCCCUCAACGGAGACAUGGACGCUACAGGUGAAGUACGUGCAGGAGCGGGACGAGGGCAGGUACGAGUGCCAGGUGUCCACGGAGCCCAAGAUGAGCCACUUCGUCUACUUCACGGUCGUCACCCCCUUGGUCCACAUCGCUGGCGGCCCGGAUAUGUACGUGAAGAGCGGAAGCACAGUGACCCUCAAGUGCUUCAUAUCAGCUGCCCUCAAACAGCCGGAGUACAUCUUCUGGUAUCAGGAGAAGGAGCGCGUCAUCGAGGAGGAUCGCGAGGGCGGCCGCCAGAUCUACGUUGAGCGGAUCGCCGGGGACACGACCAUCGGGACACUGCUGAUCCCGAGGGCGUCGCCACGGGACCAGGGGACCUACUCCUGCUCGCCGGCCAGCCUCCCGUCAGCGUCGGUCACCCUCCACGUCCUCAACGGUGAGCACCCAGCAGCCAUGCACCACGGGAAGGGCGUCAAAGGGCACUGCCCCAGCUUGACCUGUCUGCUCGUGACCUUGCUAUGGUGGUGGGUGGUCGGGGGCCCUCUCCCUCACUUUGGGGGACGGAGGGGGGGCAGCGAUGCCGCUCUGCUUCUCCCUCACUCCCUCUCCCCCACCCCCACAGUGUUCCAGAGUCACUGGUGUCCUUUAGCAGCCCUGGAUCCAAGAAAUGCGGUGGCACUAGAUAGGUCUGUGCCAGCUAUGCUUACUGACACCAAAGGUUAUGUUGGCACCAAUUAG